UUAUACGCACGUACCCCGGCAGCGGAGCGCGGCUGUGGCGAGAUUUGCACGCGAAAAUUUCGCGACGAGACAGAGCGAGAGCAAAAGAUUCCCGACGCAGCGUAGCAGUAGGAGGAGGAGGAGGAAAGAGAAGAUCCUCUGCGGCUCGUCGUCAACAAUCGUUGGAUGCUCGCCCGUGCGUUUCAACGAUAACGAGAACUGCGGCAGCGACGACGAUUCAGCGGCGGCACCGCUGCUCCGCGAAUCUAUAUACACACAUCGUCGAGGGAAAAGUACAUUCCGGCCGCUGCACUCUCUGUCUCUCUCGUACUCGCACUCGCUCUCUCUUGCAAAGCUGAGUGUUCUGUGCCGUGCUGCUGGCUGGCUGGCUGGUGUGCUCGCAGCGCCCUUUUGCAUCGCGUACACACAUACACACCUUAGAGCGAGAGAUCUGCUGCUACUGCUGAUAGUGCAUAGUCUGCGCGACUCUGUGUAUCUCGUCGCGUGCAUCUGGCCACUUUCGGCCCGCUGCAUCCAGGUUCGCCCCCGAAACUCGGAAGAGAGCAAGAGAGUAUAAGAGAGAGAGACGGCCAAAGUUCACUGGACUCGCGGACAUGUGAUUCUGUGCGACGUUUCACUCCCACCGGGGCUGGCUACUGCUCUUUGCAGGCCGCGCGACGACUCCAGUAGUGUUGGCGUGUGCAUAAAUGCUCUGUGUAUACUCGUCGCCGUCGUGGGUUGACGCACACACGCGCGAGCGUAGCGCACACAUAUUGUGAUAUACGCACACCUUGCGCGAAUCCGCACGGUGUCGUAUUAAAGCAGUUAACGACUCGUCGUCUUGGCGAAUAUAUCUCUGCCGCGAGUGUUUCGUAGUGUGUGAUCGCCAUGCGAGGCGCGAGUGAGAGGUAAAAAAGCAAGAAUCGAGCAGCAGCAGCAGCAACGAGCCGAGAGGCCACGUAACGCGCGCGUGUGUGUCGCUAUUUCGCCUCGCAGGUAUAUAAUAUCGCGGCGGAGCGAGAGGAGAGAAGGAAUGAGCUGCUAACGUCGUAUAGUAUCCAGCUCUUACUACGUAUACGGCAGAGAGCUGCUGCUACUACUCUGUACACACGUACACACACACACUUACACACGUACGCGUAUUCUGCCGAGCGGCUACUACUACGCGACUUACUACUACUGUACGCACGGCGACUCCAGUCUGCCUGCCAGCCAGCAAGCCAGUUGUGCGGACUGCGAAAUCGGAGUCGCGUGCCGACUGUGCUGCACCUCGUUCACAUUAUAUAGAUAAUAGUACUCGUGCUUCAUCCGCCAGUGUGACUUGUGCCUCGUCCAAUACGUAUAGUGCAUCGAGAUUGUAUACAUAUAAUAUACGUGCGAGAGGAAGAAAAGAGUGUUGAUGCGGCCCCGCGGACGGCGCUUCCGCGACGCGCGAUAGUAGUCGUAGUAGUCAGCUCGCUGCAGCGGCGGCUGCUCCGCCGUGCUAAUACACGCACCGAUGAUAUGUCAUCGGGAGAAAGUCCAUGAGGAGACAUGGGCUGCCGUGGAUUUUGCCAUUGCGAAAAGUGUGCUAUAGUCUUCUCGUCGUCGUUGGAAAAAGUAGCCCGAAUCAGCAGCAGCAGCAGCAGUAGAGGUAGCCGGACAGGAGCUGAGGCUGCUCCUCGCGACAACAUUGCAACGUGAGACACGACAACGAUUACUCUCUGCCAGUGCACAGUGCCUAUUAUCAAUAGUUAAAGCAGCAGCAGCUGAAAAGCUCCCCCAAAGAUGACAGCCUCGUCGUGGAAGACGUGAGAGGUGUCCUCCUCCGCCUUCCUCCCUAGUCUUGACAUUCUUCGGGACAGUUACCUUCUUCUUCUUCUUCUUCUCAGUUGGAGCAGCAGAGGCAGAAGCGAAAGCAACGACAGCAGCAGCAGCAGCAGUUUUACGCAAUAACCUUUCGUCAGCCUUUGGCAUGUCAAAUAAUCAUCUCGUUGAUUCUUGCUUACGAGUACUUCACGAAAACGGAUCAGACAUGCCGCAAUACACGGGACAAGGUGAAAGCGAUUAUCACGGGAGCAACGGACAAGCAGAUACACAUUCCAUACACUCGUCGCAUCUGUCGGUGCAGGACGAUCCUCUACUCAUAAGGAGCCACAAGCAGCAGACGUCUCAGCAGGUGACGACGGUGACGAAAGUCGUGCGCGAGGUGUCGCACAUGGAGCCAGAUCCAGGCGUGGUGAAUUACGUCACGAUGCCGCUCAUGUCCCAGGGCGACUAUCAUCAUCAGGCGGCCGGCGAUCCGCGCUACGGCGUCGCGGCCGAUCCCUACAUGGUCAAUUUCGACCACUACGACCCGUACUCGAUGGGCUAUCCGCCGCAGCCGGGCUAUCCGGCGCCUCACGGUACCUAUCAUCAAGCGCCCACUCCUACUUCUUCUAAUCCGCCUCAUUCGCCCCGCAGCCCCCAUCCCACUCCCUCGGAGCACAGUCGUGCCUCGCCCCUAACCCCGCACGAUCAAAUUAGCAACUCGUGGAACAUGGACGACGCGGGCGAGCCGUCGCAGCACCCGAUCGACGAAGGCAAAGUGGCCUACGGUUACGUGUCGCCCUCGCCCUACGGUCCGGUGACCUACGGCACCGCAGGCAUGGGAGGACUCGCGGCCGAACUGGGCCCGGGCUACGAGGACGGAGUCGUGGUCGGCAUGGCUGGCGCAAGCAUCUACGAGGACGAUCUGCACCUGCAGAGACUGAAGGCCGCGCGGCACAUGGGCCCCGGCCCCGGCAUGGUGUCGCCGCUCGACGAGCUCGAGCCCGGCGGCGGCCAGAAGAUGCGCUGGAGAGAUCCGACCCUGGCCGAGGUCAUCGGCUUCCUCAGCAAUCCCGACAAUGUCAUCAAGGCGAACGCGGCGGCCUACCUGCAGCAUCUCUGCUACAUGGACGAUCCCAACAAACAGAAGACGCGCAGCCUCGGCGGCAUACCGCCGCUGGUGGCCCUGCUGCAGUCCGAGAGCCCCGACGUCUACCGGAACGCCUGCGGCGCUCUGCGAAAUCUCUCGUACGGACGGCAGAACGACGAGAACAAGCGAGCCAUCAAGAACGCGGGCGGCGUGCCGGCGCUCAUAGCGCUGCUGCGGCGCAUCUCGGACUCGGACGUGAAGGAGCUCGUCACGGGCGUCCUGUGGAACCUGUCGUCCUGCGAGGAUCUCAAAAAGUCCAUCAUCGACGACGGCGUGACGCUGGUGGUGAACAACAUCAUCAUACCGCACAGCGGCUGGGAGCCCAGCGCCGGCUCCGGCGAGACCUGCUGGUCUACGGUCUUUCGCAAUGCCUCGGGCGUGCUGCGCAACGUCUCGAGCGCCGGGGAGUACGCGCGCAAGAAGCUGCGGGAAUGCGACGGACUGGUGGACGCGCUGCUCUACGUCGUGCGCUCGGCCAUCGACAAAUCCAAUAUCGGCAACAAGAUCGUCGAGAAUUGCGUCUGCAUACUGCGCAAUCUCAGCUACAGAUGCCAAGAGGUCGAGGAUCCCAAUUACGACAAGCAUCCCAUUCAGCCCAAUGUGCAAAAUAGGGUCGCCGCACCGGCUAAAGGUGAGAAUUUGGGAUGCUUCGGUGGCAGCAAAAAGAAAAAGGAUGGACAGCCCGUACAAAAGGAGACGAGUAUGACUAGGACUACGAGUCCGAGGACAGAACCAGUCAAGGGCAUGGAGUUGCUCUGGCAACCCGAAGUAGUCCAGUCUUAUUUAAGCCUCUUGCACAACUGUUCGAAUCCAGAAACUCUUGAAGCAGCGGCUGGAGCAUUACAGAAUCUUGCUGCUUGCUACUGGCAGCCCAGCAUAGAAAUUCGAGCAGCGGUUCGAAAAGAAAAAGGACUUCCUAUUCUUGUUGAACUUUUGAGAAUGGAGGUCGACCGAGUAGUUUGCGCAGUAGCAACGGCCCUGCGAAAUUUAGCCAUAGACCAACGUAACAAAGAGCUUAUAGGAAAGUAUGCAAUGAGGGAUCUCAUUCAGAAAUUGCCUUCAGGAAAUAAUCAACACGACCAAGGCACCAGUGACGAUACAAUCGCUGCUGUUUUAGCGACUUUGAACGAAGUAAUUAAGAAAAAUGCCGAGUUUUCGAGGUCGCUUUUGGACGCUGGUGGUGUCGAAAGACUGAUGAACAUAACUAGACAAAGACAAAAAUAUACACCAAGGGUCUUGAAAUUUGCCGGUCAAGUAUUAUUUACGAUGUGGCAGCAUCAAGAGUUGAGAGACGUGUAUAAAAAACAUGGCUGGAAAGAGCAAGAUUUUGUAACAAAAACGGUUGCAGCUAGAAAUUCAGGCCCGAAUUCGCCUAACAAUGCCAACAGUUAUGAUUGCAGUACGCUGAAUCGACCUAUGGCAAGCCAAGGCAGUACGAGGUACGAAGACAGAACAAUUCAGAGAAGUACUGCAAACUCAAAUAAUGUUGGCCGACCGAAUAUUUAUCAAUCGCAACAAAAUGAAGAGAUCGCUAUGUCCGAUAUGCAGUACCCAAAACAAGGAAGUCACGCAGUACCUGCUGGUGGCGUAUGCGUGUUUCCUACGAAUCCACAGCCCAAACCCGGUGAACCACUCUACGCGCAAGUAAAUUUGGAGAAGAAAAAGAAAAGGCAAUACGAGCUAGGCCAAGGUCAAGCCGCCGCGGCAGCGGGCGGAGCCGUGGCCGGUGGUCAGUGGCUGGCCGACGGGAACCAAGACGGCGCAGCUAAUCAGGUGCAGCCGAGCAACACGGCACCAGCCGGCGACUCUUGGGUCUAGCGUCACGAGCAGCCCCAACACGGGGCGACGCUCAAUCAUCACGGAACGCUCACGCGUAGAAAGUAAAAUGACUUUUCCGAUGAGCCAUAUUAUUGACGAGCCACAAAAGAAAUGCUCAAGCAGAAAAAAGGGCAUGGCUCUUAUUUUAAACACCGUUUAUAUGUAUAUUAUAAAUUAUUAAUAAUGCAAACACAUCGUAACGGCGUUUGUAAUACGUACCUUAUCACUUAUAAUUACUCUCUGGACGAGCCUGCGUUUUAUAUAAAUAUAUUUAUGGACAAAAACACAUAUUCAAAAAUAUAUAUAUCCACUUUCGAAUAUGGUAUAUAUUAUAUGAUAUAUAUAGAUAGAGAUUGUACGAAUAUUAAACAUAACAAUACAUGUACACACUUUUCAUUUACGAAAACACAUAUGCAAAAUAUUUGCAAGCGUUUAAUUGUUAAUAGCGACGAAUUAUCAUUUGUAAAAUGAUUGAUGUAGGAAUUUUAAUUUUAAUUUAUGUGUAUUUACUAAAUCGUGUAACCAAUAGAUCAAAAAUGCUUGUCACGCUCGCUUUGUAAUUGAUAUCAUGUAUCAAAUCCACAACGAGCGCUACAAUAGUAUAACGAACGAUUCGUAACGUGUAUCGUUUCGUACUGAAUAGUUGUGGAUGUAACUUGUCGCGAAUCAUUUAGUAUUGUAACAUUUUACAAUUUAUCACGCCACAGAUUGUGUAAUUCGUGCUGUUCAAAGCGGAAAAUGAUAUGCAUGUACACAGGACUUUUUCAUUUUCAUGAUUAUGAGUGUAAUCACAGAUUUAAAACAUACUAGUAUGUAAAACGACAAAAAUCGUAUACAGGAGAUUUAUUUGUACAUUUCAAACGAACAUAUUAUUAUUAGCUUACUAUUAGACGAACGGUGAGGAAGAAAUAACCGAGUAGCUUUUUAAUAUUAUUGUUAAUUUUGGCGAUGAAAGAUUUCUAUAUAAUAUACUUUAAGAUGUACAUGUAUUAUCGGCAUUAAUGACAGAUACUAAAGAAUAAAAUGCCUAUAUAUAUAAAGCA